AUGACCCAGGAAGAAUCUCAGGAACUUUCCUUAUACUUUUUCCUUCUGUUCAUUUCUAGUCUUUAUAACCUGGCUUCACUGGAACUGAGAGAGAAUCUUCUUACGUAUCUCCCUGACUCUCUAACCCAGCUACGGAGACUAGAAGAACUUGAUUUAGGAAACAAUGAAAUAUAUAAUUUGCCAGAAUCGAUUGGCGCUCUCUUACAUCUAAAGGAUCUCUGGUUGGAUGGAAAUCAACUGUCAGAAUUACCUCAGGAAAUAGGAAAUCUGAAGAACCUGCUCUGCUUAGAUGUCUCUGAAAACAGGUUGGAAAGACUUCCCGAAGAAAUCAGUGGCCUGACUUCAUUAACGGAUUUAGUCAUUUCCCAGAACUUGUUAGAAACACUCCCAGAUGGCAUUGGAAAACUAAAGAAACUGUCAAUCUUGAAGGUGGAUCAGAACAGACUCACCCAGUUGCCCGAGGCGGUUGGGGACUGUGAAAGCCUCACGGAAUUGGUUCUUACUGAAAACCGGCUCCUGACUUUACCUAAGAGCAUUGGAAAACUUAAGAAGUUGAGCAACUUGAAUGCAGACAGAAAUAAAUUAGUGUCUUUACCAAAAGAGAUCGGCGGGUGCAGCAGCCUCACCGUGUUCUGCGUGCGCGACAACAGGCUGACUCGGAUCCCUGCGGAGGUGUCACGGGCCGCUGAGCUGCACGUCCUGGACGUGGCAGGGAACAGGCUGUCGCACCUGCCUUUAUCCCUGACCGCUUUAAAGUUGAAGGCUCUGUGGUUAUCAGACAACCAGUCCCAGCCCCUGCUCACGUUCCAGACGGACACUGACCACACCACCGGGGAGAAGAUUCUCACCUGUGUCUUACUUCCUCAGCUGCCUUCUGAACCUGCCUGCCAAGAGAACCUGCCUCGCUGUGGUGCCCUGGAGAGCUUGGUGAACGAUGUGUCCGAUGAGGCCUGGAAUGAGCGUGCAGUGAACAGGGUCAGCGCAAUCCGAUUUCUGGAAGAUGAAAAGGACGAGGACGAUAAUGAAACGAGAACACUCCUGAGACGAGCCACGCCCCACCCAGGGGAGCUCAAGAACAUGAAAAAGACGGUGGAAAAUUUACGGAACGACAGGAAUGCUGCUAAAGGACUGGAUUCCAACAAAAACGAGGUCAACCACACCAUUGACCGUGUGACCACGUCGGUGUAGAUGGCGCAUCCACGUCAUACCUCCCGAGUCAUCCUGCUGCGGAGCCAGCCUGUCCCCGCGUGGAGCCCCCAGAGGCCUUGGCCUCCACCGGACCCCGCACCGGUCCCCACCCACGCGUCGGGAUGCUGCGCCCCCGGGAAGUGCCUUACUCUGAUCCGGCAGCCAGUCACUGCACCCACCCGUGGUCUCCGGCCUGAUUUUUUUUUUUUUUUUCCCUAAAUUUCAGUUGUUUGUAAUAAGUAGAAUACACUACUGACAACAUCUGACCUUUGUUUUUGUCUUGUGUUGGGGUCAGGGAGAGCAGGAAGGGGAAUUUUGACCCUCCUCCCUCCCAUAAAGUGCUGGGACAUUGUGAACCCAAGUUCUCUUGGACCUACUGAUGAGAGAGAGUUUUAUGUAUGGGGGAAAAAUUGAUACUUUUUUAAACCCUUUUUGGCAGCUCAGAUGGUGUACAUUUAAACAUUUUGUAUAGGUAUUUCAUAACAAAAAAUAUGUAUUUCUUUUUGUGAUUUUAUCUUGGAAACGGUACGUGCAGGAAAAAAAAACAACCACCAGUCCUAAAGUAUUUGUUUUUAUUUGUACCAUCCACUUGUGCCUUACUGUAGCCUGUGUCCUGUCAAACCAGUUGUCACAAUGGCAUCUUUGAGCAGAGAGGAGGCUGGAAAGGUGGUACUUUGAAAGCAAUGUUGGAUUUUAAUCAGUAAUCUACCAGGUGGAUUUGUUUUUAACCAAAAAGAAGAGUUACCACCAAUUCGUAAAUUAUACCAGUUGAUUUUUUUUUUAAAGAUGAACCAAAGGAUUAGACUGCUAAUAUUUCAUUUCUUUUACAGUCUGACGUUUUCAUGAAUGAGUCUCUUAGGAUAAGUGUUGUGUCUGCUUGUACCUACUCAGAAGGUAUGUGCCAUUUGUAAAAUAAAACAGAGCAGAAAAGCACAAAAAGAAAAAACUGGUUCAGAAAUUCAGUGGGGAAAUGCAUUAUGUACUAUUAAAGAAAGUAUGGUUUUUACUGAAGAAAGCUUUAAAAGUUUUAUAUCGAGAUAUAAAACCACAAUAAAGCAGAAUAACCUACAACCCCGUUAGAAAUGUUGCUGUCUUUAUAAGUGCAAUUUAAUUUGUACAUAGAGUUUGGAUCAAAGUAUAACAAAAUAUUGCUUCAAGUUUUAAUUUUAAGUCUGCUAAUUUAAGGGGUCUGGGGGUAUGUUUUGGUGUGUUUCUGUUGGUUUCUUUUUUUUACAAUUUUGUAUGAUGUGAUAAAAGAGGAAUGAAAAGAGGACACAGCCUGUCCCUGUGUGGUGUUUAGGAAAAUCAUGCUGUUGGUGUUGUCUUUUUAUUCUUUCCAUGAAAUAAAGUCACCCUGGACAUGA